AUGAAGCACAAGGAUUUGAUCGCUGCAGGCUCAGCAGAUAAUAGAAUGAGCCCCAACUCCUUUCCGAGUCUGGACCCCACGCGAAGGCCGCUCAAGCUACAAAAGAAGGUGCGCGUGGUCAAGGUCGCGCAUGCGGUGAGCCAGAAGCCGCUCAAGCUGGAGAAGGAGUUGGGAGUGGCGCCGGCCGCCUGCGGAAAGGCCGCGCUGGUGGCCACAGAGUUGCCAAAAGAGGUGGGCGCGGACAUGACCACGCCGGAGAUGAAUAAGGAGCGGCUCAACGUGCAACAAAGAAUUGGAGAUUGCGUGAAGAGUAGAGCUAGUGGCCAAGGCGCCGCUGAAGCACCUGAACGUGGUGCUGUGGUCAUGGCCACACAGGUGGCCAAGGAGGUUCAGAAGAAGGUGGACGACGGACCGGCAGCGCUCCGCAAGAUAAUUGAGAAGAAGCUGGAAGAGAUGGUUCCUGGGCAAUGGCAGCCUGGUUUCGCAGUCUUCCUGAAGCCAUCAAAUCACGCCAAGCAAAAAGACUACGUCCCACUUGUUGAAAGUAGCGCGUUCAAAGCGCAGUUAGAAGGUGUGUGGCACACAGCUCGGCGUCGAAAAAGUGGUCAAGCCGGGUUUGUACUUGAGCUCUUCGUAUACAUCCCCAAAGAGUCGCGAACGUCAAGCACUUCGCUCCGUCGAGCUACCGCGUCGCGUAUUCAAGAGCAGAUUCCCCGUGUUGCCGCUUUCUUACAGGAGUCUGGUAUUACUGGCGGACCUGCUACACAAAACUAUAUGGCCCGUUGCGCAGGCUAG